AUGGCUUCAGAUCGCUAUGAGCGUAUUUUUUGCAGUGCAUUUCGUGGAGACAUUCCGAUAUCUGAUGCGAAAUCUCGCAAACAUCUUCUUCAAGCAUCAUACCAAAUUUUGACAAAUAUGCUUGCAGGUCACCGUUUUCAAAGUAUUCCGUGGCGAUGAAUACCUAGGUAUAUAGUCUUUGGACUCGUACCAUCCAUAACUUUGGAUGAAGAAUGGCCUAUGCUGUGGCUUUGUGACUCUCUCGCUCGCGUGACUGAGCAGAAACAGCUGACUUUCAUCUGAGAAUAUCUCGCGAUUGCCUCCAGCUCUCUGCUAUAAUCAACAUCCGGUGGUCUGAAAUUUCGAUCGUAUGGCGCGUUAUGCCAUUCGGGUACGUGUCUGGACCAAUACGACGCAGAUUUCGGCAACCCUGCCGAAUUUGAAGAUGAAGAAGGCAUCCAGGUUGUUGUAAGAUAUAUUGAACGGAUCAUUCGAAAACUUAAAGGCAUAUCUAUC